AUAAAUGCCGUGGGCUGUGGUGGCAGGCUGAACUCCAGCAUCAUGAUCCUCAUCGUGGACCUGCUGCUGAUGCUCAUCGGUGUUGCCUACUCCAUCCUGUGCGCAGCGGCGCGCACCUUCCUCCAUCCCAGGCUGAAGAGCAUCGACGGGGAGCUGUGUCUGAUCACGGGAGCCGGGGGGGUUUUGGGUCGACUCUUCGCCCUGGAGUUCGCCAAAGAAGGGGCGCACCUGGUCCUGUGGGACAUCAACACGGCUGCAAACGAGCAGACCGCGCAACUGGCCCGGGAGCUGGGCGUGGAAGUGCGCGCCUACACCGUGGACCUGUCCAAGCGCCAGAGCAUCUAUGAGACCGCGGAACGGGUCAGAGAGGAGGUCGGGGAUGUGUCCAUCCUGGUCAACAAUGCGGGGGUGGUGGCCGGACGGAGGCUGCUGGAGUGUCCGGACGAGCUCCUGGAGAGGACUUUGCUUGUGAACUGCCAUGCGCUGUUUUGGAUGACAAAAGCCUUCCUGCCUCAGAUGAAGGAAAGAAACCAAGGCCACAUUGUCACCAUUGCGAGUGCUCUUGGGCUGUUCACCACAGCAUGCGUAGAGGAUUACUGUGCCAGUAAGUUUGGGGCUGUUGGUUUCCACGAGUCACUGGCACACGAGCUGCGGGCAGAAAACCACAAUGCCAUCAAAACCACUUUAGUGUGCCCCUACAUCGUAGACACGGGGAUGUUUGCAGGCUGUGAGAUCAGGAAAGAGAUUCAGAGUCUGAUUCCUCCACUUGAGCCUCUCUAUACGGUCCAGCAAUCCAUGAAAGCCAUCUUAGGAGAGCAGGAAAUGAUCUGCAUCCCACGCAUUAUGUACAUCCCCUUCAUCGCAAGAACGUUGUUGCCUUGGGAGGCCAACGUAGUGACGUACCGCUUCAUGGGAGGCGACAAGUGCAUGCUGCCCUUCAUCAAGAACGCCGAGACGAAAACCUCCAGCGGUCACAUCAAAUCUCCCUAGACCUUUUCCAGUCACGUCUUCUAGUGUUUUUUUUUAAAGGACUGGUGCAGACGUCAAAAGCUUGCUGGGCAUUUUAUAAUACAGCGUGGGCCCCUGGGAAAGAUGUGUGAAAAAGCUUUAAAAUAAACUCUGCUCUCAUUUCAGUAACAUGAUCUCGCUCUGAAAACGUUAUUCUGAGCACAUUUUCCCCAGAGAGAGAAAAGAAAUCCAGGGAUAAUUGUUAACAAAAUGCCCUUUGCCAUAAUUAUUGGCACCUCGGGUGUCAUUACUUUGUAGAAUAGUUUUUUUGCUAGGAGAGCCUGAGUCAAUAUUUCCCAAGGUUGAAGCUUACAGAACGAGGGAUCUUGGACUGCUCCAGUUCACACAAUCCCUCUAGAUCAGGGGUGUCCAAAUUUUCGACACGUGGGCCAAAGUUGUCAAGUCAAAAGCACUAGAAGGCCAACAAAUUUAUAUACAGUAUAUUUAUAUAUAUUA